GGGCUGGGAUUUGGGAUCUGGGGCUGGUCCCCAGGGAUCUGGGGCUGGGAUUUGGGAUCUGGGGCCGGUCCUGAUCCCCUCCUGGCCUGUCCCACAGCUGCAGGGACAGCAUGGCUGCCACGGCCGCCGUCAGCCCCAGCGAGUACCUGCAGCCCGCCGCCGCCUCCGCCCAGGACUCGCAGCCCUCUCCCCUGGCCCUGCUGGCCGCCACAUGCAGCAAGAUCGGUCCCCCGGCCGUGGAGGCGGCCGCGGCGCCGCCGGCGCCUCCCCAGCCCGCCCCUCGCAAGCUGGUGCCCAUCAAACCCGCCCCGCUGCCGCUGGGCUCGGCCAAGGGCGGCAUCGGCAUCCUGUCCUCCAAAGGGAACCUCUUCCAGAUCCAGGGCUCCCAGCUGGGCGCCUCCAUCGCCGGCGGGCAGCUGGUUUUCGCCAUCCAGAACGCGGCCGUGCUCAACAAAGGCUCGCGUUCCUCCUCGUCCUCCUCGUCGUCCUCGUCGUCCUCGUCGUCCUCCUCCAACAUCCAGUACCAGGCGGUGCCGCAGCUGCAGCCCGGCGCGGCUCAGACCAUCCAGGUGCAGCCUAACCAGAUCCAGAUCAUCCCGGGCACCAGCCAGGCCAUCCUCGCUCCCUCCUCUUCCUCGCACAAACCCGUGCCCAUCAAACCGGCCCCGGCGCAGAAAGCGGCGGCGGGCGGCGGCGGCGUGGUCAAACUGCCCGGCGGCGGCAACGUCACCCUCACCCUGCCCGUCAACAACCUGGUGAGCGCCGAGGCGGGCGGGCAGCCCCAGCUGCUGACGGACAGCCCUUCCAAAGCGGGCAAGAAACCUCGGAAAAAGGCCACGGCGCCGGGCCAGCCCGCCGCCCUGGCCGUGGCCGAGCAGGUGGAGACGGUGCUGAUCGAGACCACGGCCGAGAACAUCAUCCAGGCGGGCAGCAACCUGCUGAUCGUGCAGAGCCCCGGCGCGGGGCAGCCGGCCGUGGUGCAGCAGGUGCAGGUGGUGCAGCCCAAGCAGGAGUCGCAGGUGGUGCAGAUCCCGCAGCAGGCGCUGCGCGUGGUGCAGGCGGCCUCGGCCACGCUGCCCACCGUGCCCCAGAAAUCCUCGCAGAACUUCCAGAUCCAGGCGGCCGAGCCCACCCCCACCCAGGUGUACUUCAAGACGCCGUCGGGCGAGCUGCAGACGGUGCUGCUGCAGGACACCUCGUCCAUCCCGGUGCUGCCGCCGUCGGGGCCGGCGGGCGGCCCCGCGCCGCGCAGCCCCGGCCGCAAGCCGGCCCCGCGCAAGGAGCGCCCGCUGCCCAAGAUCGCCCCGGCCGGGGGCAUCCUCAGCCUGAGCGCGGCGCAGCUGGCGGCGGCCGCCCAGGCCAUGCAGACCAUCAACAUCAACGGCGUGCAGGUGCAGGGCGUGCCCCUCACCAUCACCAACAGCGCAGGCCAGCAGCAGCUGACGGUGCAGAACGUGGCCGGCAACAACGUGACCAUCAGCGGGCUGAGCCCCACGCAGAUCCAGCUGCAGAUGGAGCAGGCGCUGUCCGGGGACAUCCAGCCCGGAGAGAAGAGGAGGAGGAUGGCCUGCACCUGCCCCAACUGCAAGGACGGCGACAAGCGGUGGGGUGACAAACGCAGGUCCCUGCUGUCCCUGACCCCUGUCCCUGUCCCCGCAGGUGACAAACACAGGUCCCCGCUGUCCCUGACCCCCGUCCCUGUCACCACAGGUGACAAACGCUUCGAGUGCGCGCAGUGCCAGAAACGCUUCAUGCGCUCCGACCACCUGACCAAGCACUACAAAACCCACCUGGUCACCAAGAACUUGUAG